CCAAUCAGAAAUAGAGAUGGGGCAUAAAGCCCGCCUCUUUCCCUCAGACAACCAAUCGGAGCGCGGAGGUGGGCGGGGCGAGGAGGGGGUGGGCGUGGCGUGGCGCGGGCAUGGCGCUGCGGAGGGCGCUGAGCGCGGCGGGACGGAGGUGUGCGCGGCGCCUGUGCUCGGUGGUACCGGGAGACACCAUCUUCGCCGUCUCCUCCGGCCAUGGGCGCUGCGGGGUGGCCGUCAUCCGUACCAGCGGGCCGGGCAGCGGGGGGGCCAUACGCAGCCUCACCGGGAGUCCCGAGCUGCCCCCCCCCCGCGUUAUGGCUCUGCGGCGCAUCCGGGACCCCCACACUGCAGAGCUGCUGGACCGCGGCCUCGUGGUCUGGUUCCCAGGACCCCAAAGCUUCACAGGGGAGGACUGCAUGGAGCUGCACGUGCACGGCGGGCCGGCGGUGGUGAGCGGAGUGCUGCGGGCGCUGGGCCGUCUGUCCGGGCUGCGUCCUGCCGAGCCGGGUGAGUUCACACGCCGUGCGUUUCACCGGGGGAAGCUGGACCUGACAGCAGCUGAAGGGCUGCGGGACCUCAUCCAUGCUGAGACCGAGGCGCAGCGGCAGCAGGCACUGAGGCAGAUGGAGGGCGAGCUGGGGAGGCUGUACCAGCAGUGGGGCGAGACCCUCACCCAGGCCCUCGCUCAUAUCGAAGCAUACAUCGACUUCAGUGAGGAUGACAACGUGGAGGAAGAGGUGUUGUCCCAAGUGGAUGCAGCCGUGCAGACCCUGGAGCAGGAGAUUGCUGCACACCUGCAGGAUGGGCGCCGGGGGGAGCUGCUGUGCUCGGGGGUCCGCGCCGUCAUCGCCGGACCCCCCAACGUGGGCAAGAGCAGUCUGCUCAACCUGCUGUGCCAGCGCCCGGCUGCCAUCGUGUCCCCAGUGGCAGGGACCACGCGGGAUGUGGUGGAGGUGUCCCUGAAUGUCAGUGGUUACCCCGUGGUGCUGAGUGACACAGCGGGGCUGCGUGAUGCCACUGACCCCAUCGAGCAGGAGGGAGUCAGCCGUGCUCGGGACCGCCUGCAGCAUGCAGACCUGGUGCUGGCCGUGUUGGAUGCCACCACGGUGCCUACUGAGCCAGCUGAGCUGGGGGCUGCCCUGGGCUCCCUGGUGCCCCCCACCACUCCCUGCAUCCUGGUUCUCAACAAGGCUGACCUGCUGAGGGGGCACACGGGGGCUCUAUGCGAUGCCUGCACCCACAGACCCCCGCUGCCCCCCACCACCCUGCUGUCCUGCAAGACGGGCGAAGGCACCGACAGCCUCUUACAGCUGCUGGGGCAGCAGCUGGCAAAGCUGUGUGGAGACCCCCUGUCUGGCUCUCCCAGCCUGACGCAGAGCCGGCACAGCACCCAGCUGGGGGGCUGCAUGGCAGCGUUGGCGCUGUACAGGCAGCAGCAGGACGUGGGGAUGGCAGCCGAGCAGCUGCGCCUGGCACGGCGACACCUGGGGCGCAUCACCGGGCACGUGGGUGCUGAGGACAUCCUCGAUGUCAUCUUCAGGGACUUCUGCAUUGGCAAGUGAUGGGGUUCUGUGGGGGUAUUAAACCGUGGUGCCUUGGGCUGGUCUGCGUCCUUGCCCUGUGCCCGCAGCCCUGUGCCGGGUGCGCUGCUCUCCGUGCCUGGGGGGAGAGCAUCCUGAGUCCCAGCCGUGGGAAAACCCUCUGGGAAGGGCCGUGCUUCCUGGCCAGGAGGAUACACACAGAGCUGGAGUGUUGGUGAUGGAAAAUCCUGUACUUCAUCCUUGGAUAUCCCCUCUCCAUUGCACGGCAAUGAGUGGUGGUGAGGGAGGGGUCCCAGCCCCAGGGGGUUGCGUGCCCUCUAAGGAUGGGAGUCCCUUUGGCCCCUGUUGUUUUCCCACCCCCGGAUGGGGCUCCCAACAGUGCCACCAUGCAUCAAGGCAGCCCCACCACAUGGCUCAUGAGUGAUGGGGGGGGGACCCAAAGGGACCCAGAGGUGCUGGUGGGGGUGAGGGGCACCGCAAUGGCCCGAGGAGUGCUGGAUGUCACCAUGUGGUGAUGGUGGCAUGCAGGUGUUGUGGGACUGGGGCUGCAGCGUGCCGGGUGUCAGGAAAAGCUGUUUAAACAGGAAAGGGAGGAACGCGUGGCCAUAAAUCACUGUAUGGCCAUAAAUCACCGCGUGGCCAUAAAUCACUGCGCCUCGGCCCCUGCGUGCCAAAGGCGGGGGUGGUGGGGGCAGCGGGGGCUGCAGGG